CCAUCUUGUUUGCUGGAUCGUGCGAGCGGAGGAAGAGCGGGUGUGGUUCGGACUAGUUAGUUUUUUUUACCCCACGCUAAAGGAGAUUUUUGUUUCUUCCCCGUAACAGGAACAACGGAGGUGCCACUGGAUUCUGACAUAUCUGCUUUGCGGGCCGUGGGCAGGCGAGAACAAUGGCUACCCAGUCUGAUUUGAUGGAGUUGGACAUGGCGAUGGGAGACAGCAAGGCUGCAGUGAGCCAGUGGCAGCAGCAGUCCUACCUGGAUUCAGGCAUUCAGUCUGGAGUCACCACCACGGCACCAUCUUUGAGUGGCAAGGGAAACCCUGAUGUUGAGGAGGAUGAUCCAUCUUUGUACGACUGGGAGUUCAGCCAGCCAUUUACACCUGAGACUGCAGACGUUGAAGGCUACGCCAUGACCCGCGCCCAGCGGGUGCGUGCGGCCAUGUUCCCUGAAACCUUGGAGGAAGGCAUCCAGAUUCCUCCAACCCAGCUUGACGCGGCGCACCCCACGGCGGUGCAGCGGCUGGCAGAACCCUCUCAGAUGCUAAAGCAUGCCGUGGUCAAUCUCAUCAACUACCAGGAUGAUGCUGAGCUGGCCACCCGUGCCAUCCCUGAGCUUACAAAACUGCUCAACGACGAGGACCAGGUGGUGGUGAACAAGGCAGCUGUCAUGGUGCACCAGUUGUCAAAGAAGGAGGCCUCUCGGCACGCGCUGAUGCGCUCGCCUCAAAUGGUUUCAGCAGUUGUCCGCGCCAUGCAAAACACUGGUGACGUGGAAACCGCUCGCUGCUCUGCUGGAACCUUGCACAACCUUUCCCACCACCGGGAGGGGCUCCUUGCCAUCUUUAAGUCUGGAGGGAUCCCUGCCUUGGUCAAGAUGCUUGGCUCACCAGUGGACAGUGUGUUGUUCUACGCCAUCACCACACUCCACAACCUGCUGUUGCACCAGGAAGGAGCCAAGAUGGCAGUUCGCCUGGCUGGAGGACUGCAGAAGAUGGUGGCUCUGUUGGCAAACACCAACGUCAAAUUCCUUGCUAUCACUACUGACUGCCUGCAGAUUCUUGCUUAUGGCAACCAGGAAAGCAAGUUGAUUAUUUUGGCCAGUGGUGGUCCCCAAGCUCUGGUCAACAUCAUGAGGACCUUCACUUAUGAGAAACUGUUAUGGACCACAAGCAGAGUGCUCAAGGUCCUGUCUGUUUGCUCCAGCAACAAACCUGCAAUAGUCGAAGCUGGAGGCAUGCAGGCCCUGGGACUCCAUCUGACUGACCCCAGCCAGCGUCUGGUCCAGAACUGUCUCUGGACACUGAGGAACCUUUCAGAUGCUGCCACUAAGCAGGAGGGAAUGGAGGGUCUGUUGGGGACCCUUGUCCAACUGCUGGGAAGUGAUGACAUCAAUGUAGUGACCUGUGCUGCUGGGAUCCUCUCAAAUCUGACCUGCAACAACUACAGUAACAAACUCAUGGUCUGCCAGGUGGGAGGCAUUGAGGCCCUUGUGAGAACAGUACUUAGGGCGGGUGACCGAGAGGACAUCACAGAGCCAGCCGUCUGUGCCCUGCGCCACCUUACCUCCCGCCACCAGGAUGCAGAGAUGGCCCAGAAUGCUGUGCGCCUUCACUAUGGCCUGCCUGUGGUGGUCAAACUCCUACACCCGCCAUCUCACUGGCCACUCAUCAAGGCUACUGUUGGUCUGAUUCGAAACCUGGCCCUUUGCCCAGCCAAUCACAGCGCUCUUCGGGAGCAGGGAGCCAUCCCCCGACUGGUCCAGCUGCUUGUCAGGGCGCAUCAGGACACUCAAAGGCGCACCAGCAUGGGAGGCAACCAGCAGCAGUUUGUGGAAGGUGUGCGCAUGGAAGAGAUAGUUGAAGGCUGCACAGGAGCUCUGCACAUCCUGGCACGGGAUGUCCAUAACAGAAUUGUCAUCAGAGGACUUAACACCAUUCCACUCUUUGUCCAGUUGCUGUACUCCCCAGUGGAGAACAUCCAGCGUGUGGCGGCUGGUGUGCUGUGUGAGUUGGCUCAGGACAAAGAGGCCGCAGAGGCCAUCGAAGCCGAGGGAGCCACCGCACCGCUCACGGAGCUGCUUCACUCUCGCAACGAGGGUGUCGCCACCUACGCCGCAGCGGUGUUGUUCCGCAUGUCUGAAGACAAGCCCCAGGACUACAAGAAGCGUCUGUCUGUGGAGCUCACCAGCUCUUUAUUCAGAACUGAGCCGCUAGCCUGGAAUGAGACUGGAGAUCUUGGACUGGAUAUGGGGGCUGGGGGAGACCCUCUGGCUUACAGGCAGGAUGAUGGAUCGUACCGCACGUACCCAGGAGGCUACGGCCAAGACACCCUGCUGGACCCCAUGAUGGAGGCUGCAGACUACCACGGAGACCCCCUGCCCGACCUGGGCCACCACACCGAUCCUCUGCCAGACCUCGGUCACAGCCAGGACCUGAUGGACAGCAACCAGCUGGCCUGGUUUGACACCGACCUGUAGGAUGUAGGAUGUAGGAUUGCUGAGAGCCACAUCCUCCGAACACUUAACUCCUCCCCCCCCUGAUAUAUAAAUAUAGACAGCAACACAACACUGUUGAAACGUUGUCUUGUGUUCUGAUGGAGCCUGCAUUGUGAUUGGCUGUGUCAAGUUGUAGAAUGGCAUGAGGGGUCUGACACCACAAUGCAAAGAGGCGGGGUUGCCAUGGUAACGUGUGUUAGCAAGUGGUAAAAGUGUGAUGGUGCAGGUUACCUGAGAGGAUGAGUGCACAUGACUUGGAUCUUUCUAAGUUGCUAACAUGUUUUUUAGCGUUGCCUGUAUCCUUUUUUGUAUUCCAUUUUUUUUUCUUCAAUUUCUUUUUGUAUUUCCUCUGUCAUGGUACUGACCCAGCUUGUCUGCAAUGCUAACCAGCGGCCAGUUAAAAAGGUAUAUUACAUGUAGUGUUAAGUUAUAGUGAUAUUAUACCAUGUGUACAACACUAAUAAUCAGUUGUGCUCCGACUCCAAAUGUACUUUUUUACCAUCUGAAAAAAGGAGAAUUGUACAUUGUGUGUGCUGCUUCUAGCACGCACGUUCUGAAGAGGGAUCAUCUAGACACGUCUUUUAUAUCCUGUCACUGGUAGCUUGCUUUUUUUCUACACUGUCAUGGAGCAUCCCAUAGAGAAGUGGUGUACAACACUCGUGCCAUGACAAGUAGCCAAGCUGAGGAAGCCCUUCUAGUCCUGCUGUGCUCGUUUGGGUAUGAUGAGGUUGUGACACGGCUCAACAAUAAAA